UUUUGGCCCGAAAAAUAGUGUAAUAAAUUGCUUAGGUUCGAAUGGGAACUUGAUUCUAGGAAUUUGUCCCUGCGAAGACAUGGAUUCACCUCCAGCAAAGUGCCAGCGACAGAGCAGUGACGGCGAUAUUGACUUGACACCAUUAUCGAAAUCUGAAAACUUGUCACCGGUGGUGGUCUUCGCUCAUGGUGCUGGAGCUCCUUCCUCUUCUCCUUGGAUGAUAAGAUGGAAGCAUAUGUUAAGUGAGGCACUGCAUGCUGCUGAAGUCGUCACCUUUGACUAUCCUUACAUUUCUGGCGGGAAAAGGAGGGCUCCUCCGAAGGCAGAAAAACUGGUUGAGUUUCACUCGGGCAUUGUAAAGGAAACUGCUGCUAAGUUCCCUGCUCAUCCCCUUAUUUUGGCGGGAAAAUCAAUGGGUUCUAGAGUUAGCUGCAUGGUGGCUGGUAUGAAAGAAAUUAAUGUCACUGCUGUAGUUUGCUUGGGCUACCCAUUAAAGGGCAUCAGUGGAGGGAUUAGAGAUGAAACACUUCUUGAGCUGACAGUUCCUACAAUGUUUGUACAGGGCAGCAAGGACAGUCUCUGUCCACUUGAGAAGUUAGAAGCCACUCGGAAGAAGAUGGAAGUGCUCAAUGAGCUGCAUGUCAUUGAUGGUGGUGAUCACUCUUUCAAGAUUGGCAAGAAGCAUCUGCAAUCAAAAGUUUCCACCCAAGACGAAGCUGAAGACGCUGCUGUUCAGGCUAUUGCAGCUUUCGUUUCUAGGUUACUUGAGGGAUAAUAUACUUCACGUCUCUUGUUAAUUUUGGCAUGACAAGGGUUGCCUCUACACUUUGUUCAUUUGUUUGAAUGUGGCCCUUGUGCUUUUGUAAGAUAGCUGUAAUUGUAUUUGGAGUAAAUUAUAGGGAUCUCUUCUGUAACUCCUUUCCUUGCAAGCAGAACUGAGUAAUCCACUUGUUAUGGAGUGUUAAUUUAACAGUGCUAACUUGAUGUAGUUUACCUCUCAGCAUUAAAGUUUCAGUUAAUAGUGAUUGGCCAGAGAUUGGGUUCUUACAUU